AUGCCCACCCCCGCCGUUCCCAACACCAUGGCCGCUGUCCUCCUGACAGGACACGGCGGCCCCGACAAACUCGAGUAUCGCACCGACGUGCCCGUUCCCUCUCCUCGUCCUGGCGAAGUGCUCAUCGCCGUAUCCGCCGCCGGCAUCAACAACACGGACAUCAACACCCGGCUUGGCUGGUACAGCUCCUCGGUAACCGGCUCGACGGCCGCAUCAGCCUCCCCAUCGACCACGGGGGGCCGGGACGGCGACGGCUCUUGGUCCGGCAAGGCGCUGACCUUCCCACGCAUCCAGGGCGCGGAUGUGUGUGGCCGCAUCGUCGCGGUCGGGGCCGGUGUCUCGCCUUCAAGAGUGGGGCAACGCGUGCUAGUGCGCACGAUGAUGCGGCACUACGUCCGCGACCAGCCCUGGGGAUGCUGGACGUUUGGCAGCGAGUGUGAUGGCGGAUUCGCGCAGUUCUGUGUCGCGCCGGAUGAUGAGACGUUUGCCGUCGAGUGUGACUGGAGUGACUCCGAGCUGGCUGCGAUUCCCUGCGCUUACUCGACGGCUGAAAACAUGCUCCACCGCGCUCAUGUCAGGAAUGGAGAGCGAGUGCUCGUUACUGGAGCUAGUGGAGGGGUCGGACUCGCAGCCGUCCAGUUAGCGAAGAGGAGAGGGUGCGAGGUGCUCGCGCUGUGUUCGCCGGCAAAGGCUGAGGCGGUGAAGCGGGCCGGAGCCAGCCGCGUGCUCGAUCGCAAUGAACCACUCCAGGGGGUCGAGGUUGAUGUCGUUGUGGACAUUGUUGGAGGUGAUGGCGUGCAGUCUCUCCUGAGCUGUCUCACGCGUGGGGGGCGAUACGUCGUCGCUGGCGCCAUCGCCGGUCCCAUGGCGCAGAUCGACCUGCGCACAGUAUAUCUGCGGGAUCUGUCUCUAUUCGGUGCGACAUUCCAGGACGAUGUCGUAUUUGAGAACCUCGUGGGAUACAUUGAACGCAACGAGAUUCGACCACUCGUGUCGAGGACGUUUCCGCUGCAGGCAAUCCGUCAGGCGCAGGAGAUAUUCCAAAGCAAAUCUCUGCCGGGGAAGCUGGUACUGAUACCUCCGGCCUUGUAG